AUGUUGGCAGUAAAAGGGUUUCUGGGUUUAGGAACUAAAAGAGUUUCUGAUGUGACAGAGUGUGAUCAACCCGGAGCAGUGUGCCAAGACCCUCGUUUCAUAGGCGGUGACGACAUUACCUUUUACUUCCACAGCAAGAAAAACCACAAUUUCUGCCCCUUAUCCGACUCCAACCUUCACAUCAAUGCCCACUUCAUCGGCAAGCGAAAUGCCAACAUGAAACGCGACUUCACAUGGGUCCAAUCCAUCGCCAUCCUCUUUGGAAAACACCAACUCUUCAUCGGCGCCCAAAAAACUACAACAUGGGAUGACUCCGUUGACCGCCUUGCUCUCUCCUUCGACGGCGAGCUAAUCACCCUCUGGGAAUCCGAAGGCGCUAGGUGGCAAUCCGAGAGCUUCCCACAUGUCUCAUUCGUAAGGGUGGGUGACACCAACAAUGUGAUGGUUAAAGUUGAAGGCAAGUUUAGGAUCACAGCCAGGGUUGUGCCUAUAACUGAAGAAGACUCUAGAGUUCACAACUAUGGUGUGACAAAAGAUGAUGCGUUGGCUCAUCUUGAUCUUGGGUUUAAGUUCUUCUCUUUGAGCAACCGAGUUAAUGGUGUGUUGGGUCAGACUUACAGACCCGAUUACGUGAGCCGGGUCAAGAUUGGAGCCAACAUGCCUGUGAUGGGUGGUGACAGGGAGUUCCAAACUUCAGGACUUUUCGCUGCGGAUUGCGCCAUUGCUAGGUUUAAUGGUGCUAGCGACUCUGAGAAUGAAGGGUCUGUUGAGGGUUUGGAGUUUCCAAGCUUGAACUGUGCUAGUGGGAUUGAUGGUCGAGGAGUAGUGUGCAAGAGAUACAUGAGACAUUGUUCGAUCUGCAUGUCUUGA